AUGGACAAUCUUAUUCAAGCUCAGAACGAAAUACUUCAGCGUCUGGGGCGCACGGUUGAGAACUUAAAAAAAGGAACCGACAAGAUCACACUUGGUCUUGUCCAAUCUGCAGUCGGAUCCUUGAAUAAGAGAUGGGCUCGUGAUUUGAAGAAAACAGAAUAUCAUGCGAAAGACUUCAUGUCAAUGGCCGAGGAAACUUACUUGUCGCAGCGAGGUAGACUCGUCGAUUUUGAGCGCUCUUUCUUAGGUAAGUCUCCGGAAGCAAAGCCGAUCACGGAAGGUCAGCCAGCAACACUCCGUGGGACUGAGCUGCCGAAAAUUAAACUGCCAGAAUUUUCGGGAAAAUAUGAAGAGUGGCCAGUCUUCCGCGAUCAUUUUCUUUCCACCAUCGGCAACGACGGGCAGCUUCCUACCGUGGAAAAAUUACAUUACUUGAGAUCGUGCGUUCGAGGCAAAGCAGCCACUUUAAUUCAAAACUUACCGGCCACGGAGGCGAGCUACAGCAAGGCGUGGACCGAAGUGAAGGGGAUUUUUCACAAAUCUAUCAACACUUACGAUGCAAUGGAAAACCUCGGGCGACCUGUGGCAAAAACCGAGGAUUUGUUUGUUCACGUCAUCGUGGAUCUGCUGGGCCCACGUACGCGUGUGUUGUGGGAUGACCAUGUCAGCGAAAGCUCGGAACCUCCUUUGUUUGAGAAGCUGAAGGCCUUCCUGAGCGUCUCCAGACGCUCGAAGGGCGAUCGGCAGCAAAAGGAGGUCAAGUCGGAAGCUGCCAGUAAAUCUUCAACGUUGGGCAAAGCGAAGAGCCACGUCGUGCAAAAGAAGGAAGCCACAAAGAAAGGCGCAAAAAACGAGCGGUGCUCCUUCUGUCAUCAAGAUCACUUUCUCAUGUAUUACGAGAAAUACAAGGAGAAAGCAGCGUCUGAAAGAAAAGGGCACGUGACUGAAAAUAAGCUUUGCAUCAACUGCCUGGGCAAGCACCAAGCAAGAUCCGAGACGUCCUUCGUAUCAGAAGCGCUCGCACAAAAACUAAGGUUGCCGCGGAAGCAAGCGGCUGUGACAGUGAUUGGUGUUGGCGGCAAUAAAACAGGUGUCACAAGGGGUCGCAUGGUGGUGAAGCUUAUGCCACACUUCAGCAAAUCAGCGCUUACCGUCACAGCAUUGGUGCUCCCACGGUUGACCGCUUACGCAGGGGGCUCAAAUAUCACAGCUCAGCCAUGGGCCCACCUGAAGAACCUAGUACUCGCAGAUCCUGAAUUUCUCUCCGCUGAUCCGAUCGACAUUUUGCUCGGAGCGGACGUGUACGCUUCCAUCUUGACAGCAGGAGUGCAGAAAGGAAAGCCGCAAGAGCCUGUAGCGCAGAAAACAUCAUUAGGUUGGAUACUGUCAGGAUGCAUAGCAGCAGGCAAAGAUAGAGAACAAGGGAAAACAGAGCAGGAGGAAGUGCCAGCGAAAGCUUCAGCGUUGACUCGAGAAGAGCAUCAGUGCGAGGACGUGUUUGUGGCAACGCACUCGCAAACUGAGGAAGGCAGGUACGUGGUUAGAUUUCCAUUGAGAGGAACACCGAGCGACCUGUUGCCAACACGAUUCGCAGCGGAGCGAUCCUUGAUUCAAAUGAAGCGCAGAUUCUCCUGCAACAGCAACCUGCAGCAGUUGUAUGUAGACUUUAUGCAACAAUACGUAGAAUUGCAACAUAUGUCACCCGCAGAGCCACCUGCAAGCAAUCGGAAGAUGAGAACGUACUACCUACCUCACCAUGGAGUACUACGAGAAGCAAGCAUCACGACAAAGCUUCGUGUCGUGUUCAACGGCUCGUGGGCGCUCUCUUCAGGGGAGUCUUUGAACAAAUGCCUGCUAAUCGGAAAAAAUCUUCUGUCUCCGUUGAUUGACAUUUUGAUGCAAUGGCGCACUCAACGAUUUGUUCUGGCGUCGGACAUUGAAAAAAUGUAUUGUCAGAUUCUCGUGCACCCCGAGGAUAGAAAUUUACAGAGAAUUCUUUGGAGAUUCAAUGCGAACGAGGAAGUCAAGGAAUACCAGCUUAAUACUGUUACGUACGGGUUAGCCUAUGCCCCUUUCUUGGCCAUCCGAACGCUGCAUCAGCUGGCAGACGACGAAACACACCGCUAUCUUUUGAGAGCAGCAGCUCUCCGAAGCAACGUUUACGUCGAUGACAUAUUGACGGGUGCCGACACUCUGCAGGACGCACGGGACCUUCGAGACCAACUGAUCUUGUUGUGCAGAGCGGGCGGUUUCCUACUCAAGAAAUGGGUCGCAAACCAUCCCGAGUUGCUGGACGAGGUCCCAGAGGAAGACCGGAUGCCGUCAAAUCCGCGCGAAUGGUAA